CUUCAACGGGCCGCAGCUGCUCGCCGUGUCGGACACGCUGGAGCACGGCCGUGGCCUGGCGCUGCAGCAGAUGGUGCCGCCAGCGACGAGCCUGCUACGCCUGGCGCCGGCGGCGCUGCUGCACGCCCGCAGCGCGCGGAUAUGGCUCGAUGCGCGCCUGCUGCCGGCGCCGGCGCAGCCCGCACACCCAGCCAACCACCUCACGGUGCCGCCCGUGCUGCGGCCAGACGAUGCGCCGCAGCUGCCGCUCUCGAGCCACCAGGCGCUGGCACUGCUGCUGGCCAUGUGGCGCUGCUCGAGCGGCGCGGAUUCGGAUACAGCCGCGAGCGGCGAGGCGUUCAACCUCGACGCCUUUCUGCGAACGACGCCGCGGUCCUACGACACGGUGCCGCUGUCGUGGACGCUCGGUGACGCCACCAGCUUCGCCGACGAGCUGCUGGCGGCGCUGUCGCCGCAUGUGCGGACGCAGUGUGCCGCCGUGCAGGCACGCUUCGAGCGCGACUGGGCUGCCGUCGACCACGCUCGACGACACAGCCCACACCUGCUGCAGCCGCGUGUGCCGCUCGCGCCCACGAGCAUCGCCGAUCCGGCGACGUUCUCGCGCGCCGACUAUCUCUGGGGCUGGCUGAGUGUCAACUCACGCUGCCUGCACCUGCCGCUCGGCCUCAAGCCGCACGGCGACAACCUCACGCUGGCGCCGCUACUCGACAUGGCGAACCACACCUGCGAUGCGCGGCAGGAGUGCAGCGUGCGGCACACGCCGCUCGGCGGCCUCGAGCUCGUCUCGCCGCCCAAGACGCGGCGGGCCGAGGCGCUCGCGGCCGGCGCCGAGGUGUGCAUCACGUACGGCGCGCACUCGUCUGGCACGCUGCUGUCUGAGUACGGCUUUGUGCUUGCGCGCGAGCGGCCGCCGGACGCUGCCGAGCCGCCCGAGUGGACCGACAGCCCGUACGCCGAGGUCAACGUGGACGCCGCUGUGAUCGCGCUGCUGGCGGCGCAGGGCGAGCUCGGCGCACGCAAGCGUGAGGUGCUGCAGGAGCGCGGCUACUGGCUCGACUACACUCUCCACCCGUCGCCGGCGCCGGCGCAUCCGUCGCACCGCCUCGUGCCUGCGCUGCGGCUGCUCGCGCUGCCGGAGCUGCCGGCGUCGCUGGAGAACACGCAGCACACGGCGUACCCACACACGCGCGCUGCUCCGCCGCCUGCGCCAGCAUCAGCCGCCGCAGACGGCAUGCGCGCCUGGGAUGCCACGCUACUGGGCCUGCGCGAGCGCGUCGACGCUGCCAACGAGACGGCGGCGCGAGCGCUGCUGCGGCGCAUCUGUGAGGAGUUCGACGCCGACGGCCGUGCGCGGCUGGCACGCCUCGAUGCGCAGCCGCCGGAGAUGCCCGCUGCCCGGCAGAUGAUACGUGCGCUGGCGCACGAGGAGCUGCGCGUCGUGCGCCGUGUGCUCUCGGCGCUGGAUGCCGGUGUGUCCUGGUAGACUGCAACACAUACCCUCGGCAUAGCAUCGCAUUGCU